AAUUACUAUGUCAGUCGGGAAGUCAGAGUCCCUGCUACGUCGAGAUGCUCGGGCGUUCUGUAACAAGAGUAAUCAGCGAACAAUCUGGGAAGCCCGACGUGACGAACGUCGUACGAACCAACAACUCGAACGAGAAUUGCGUCACAUUGAACGAUCGAAGUCUUAUCGAGAGCGUGAAUUAGAUCGCGACCAGGUCAAGUUUUUGAAUAAUUUCGUGGAGAUCUUCCAGAGGCAAUGCGACAUCGUCGCGCAGAGGAAGUCACACCCGGUUGACAUCGAAACGAUUCACCGAGACGAGCAUGAAGAUGAACCAAGUCAAUACGAUACCUACGAUGAGUAUCUGGAUGGUGGACCGGAUACCAUGACCAUCACUACGUCAGAUCAAGCAACGACAGAAGCAGCUACAUCUGGUGUCCAGGAUAAAUCAGAGGAGAACCCUGAGAUACUAUUGGUGGCAGAGAUGAAUCGACGAAAGCUACGGCUUCACAGGGAUUCUCUUCUCCCCAUAAUAUAUUCUCCAUGUCUGUCCGAAGACUCGACACCCAAGUAUUCUAGUCGUCCAAAUUCGCCAAGGCCCCAGGUGAUAAGUCCAUCCGAAGCCCACUUUAGUAUGUCCGAGCAGGAUUCAGAAGCUAAAAAGUCAGAAGAAAAGAUCAUUUCUGAGAGAACGAGUCCUGAUCAUGAUUCUCCACGAAGUGCAGCCAAUCAGAGUCCUCCUCGAGAUAUCAAAGUUAACGUAUCUGCACCAGUAUACCGCAGAAGACUUAGUCCUCUGAAUCGGUUUAAGAUCCCAGAAUCUCACUUCCGAGCGGAGAGUCCAUCUAGCAAAAACUCUACAGUCUACGUCAACGAUGUCCCGGAUUUGGGUGGUUCAGUCCGAGGUGAUCGACUCCAUCGGCGCGGAAGAAAACCUCUCCCUCCUACAUACAAAUCCAAACUGAGAUCGUCCAAAAUGGGGCACAGGAGCCAGCUGGAUUCACAGAAGAAGCGCCGUGGUUCAACAGCGGAAGGAAACGGUGGGGCACCAAUGGAUGAGAUGGCUCUUAAUACCAAGUUCAUGCUAGAAUUCGAGGAGGCAAGUAGAAAUGCUUUGGAUCCUUACGCCAGUGGGGCGGACAUCGAGUCAAUCAGAAAGCAGUUCUUGGUAAAUACGUUGGCAAAGAAGCUUAAGAUCAGUGCUCUUCGCAGCGGACAUUUUGCAGAGCUGGAUGAUAUCCGCAAGAAGAUUGAGCGCCGAAGAAAAUGCGUGGAAGAGAUUUUGGAAUCCAAGAGGAAAGCGAGGAUGAUAGCCAAAGCGAAAGAGAUGAAGGAAAACGGGGAAGAUGACACGGAGUCGAAUCAGGAGCAGAACGCGGAAUAGACAGACUUUGAAUUAGUAUAUUUGAAAAAAAAGUGUAUCAUGGCAUGAUAGAAUGUAUAUCA